UUCUCUUCCUGUUCUCACUUUCAAGUCAUCAUCGUCUCUAUUGUCGCUCUUCGCUUCUCUCUCUCUCUGUGACUAUCAGAUCCGCCGAGUCUUCUUUUUGUGGAAUCUUUUCAAGGAGCUCUGUGUUCAUUUGCACCUCUUUAUUGAUCGAUUUCGCAAACCCUAGCUUCAGCGAUCUUAAAUCUGCAAUUAUCCAUGGCGUCUUCACCUGGUAAUACUAACCCUCACAAUCCUCCUCCGUUCGAUCUCGUUAAUAUGUUCAAACCCUCAUCGAACCUUUAUCCUCCGCCGCCGGCAUCUUAUCCUCCGCACACAGGUCCUUUUAUUCACAACCAGUACAAUCAGCAGCUCUACGCUCCACCGGGUAUCGCCGCUCAACCUUCGCCGGUGACUCAACAUCAGCAACAGGACGUGCCUUCUCCUUCCUCCGCGACUAACUUGCACCCACAGAGAACACUAUCUUAUCCCACGCCACCUCUAAAUCUCCAAUCGCCUCGUUCCAAUCACAAUCCUGGAUCGCAAAUCCUCGCUCUCCUCAACAAUAACAACGGCGGAGGCGGCAGGGAAGGCGCCAUGGCCAGCCAAGAGCCGUCGCAUCAGCUCCCGGGAGUGAAUCCGCCCGAGAUCGCUCGGUCGUUCCCUGGCGGUUCGGUUCCUAUUCGUGUGCCAAGCUGUAAGCUCCCCAAGGGAAGGCGAUUGGUUGGUGAAAACGCGGUGUACGAUGUGGACGUCAGAUUUCAUGGAGAGAUUCAGCCUCAGCUGGAGGUGACUCCGAUUACCAAAUACGGGUCGGAUCCUCAGCUCGUUGUGGGUCGGCAAAUCGCCGUGAAUAAGGUCUACAUAUGCUACGGAUUGAAAGGAGGAAAUAUUCGGGUUCUCAAUAUAAACACCGCAUUGAGGGCUUUGUUCCGAGGCCAUUCUCAGAGAGUGACAGACAUGGCUUUCUUUGCCGAGGAUGUUCAUCUGUUGGCCAGCGUUAGUCUAGAUGGAAAAGUAUUUGUGUGGCAAAUUUCGGAAGGGUCUGAGGGAGAUGAUCAGCCCCAGAUUACUGGAAAGAUAGUUCUUGCUCUGGAGAUACUAGGAGAGGAAGACAACAAACAUCCACGUGUUUGUUGGCACUUCCACAAACAGGAAAUUUUGGUGGUUUCAAUUGGUAAACAUGUGCUGCGAAUUGAUACAACCAAAGUUGGCAGAGGUGAAGUGUUCUCUGCUGAGGCACCUCUCCAGUGUCCCCUUGAUAAACUGAUUGAUGGUGUCCAGAUUGUGGGGAAACAUGAUGGAGAAGUUACCGAUUUAUCAAUGUGCCAAUGGAUGACCACGCGCCUGGUUUCUUCUUCAGUUGAUGGCACGGUUAAGAUAUGGCAAGAUCUUAAGACACAACCAGUUGCAGUUUUGAGACCUCAUGAUGGCAACCCGGUCAAUUCUGCCACAUUUGUUACAUCCCCUGAGAGACCUGAUCACAUCAUACUUAUCACGGGGGGUCCUCUAAACCGAGAAAUGAAAAUUUGGGUCUCAGCUGGUGAAGAAGGGUGGCUCCUACCAGCAGAUGCUGAGUCUUGGAAGUGUACCCAAACACUAGACUUGAAAAGUUCAACGGAGCCACGAGCUGAAGAGGCAUUUUUUAACCAAGUCAUAGCAUUGUCUGAAGCAGGCCUGCUUUUACUUGCAAAUGCGAAAAGGAACGCCAUAUAUGCCGUGCAUUUGGACUAUGGCUCUUGUCCAGUUGAUACACGGAUGGAUUACUUGUCCGAGUUUACAGUCACUAUGCCUAUAUUGAGUUUUAUAGGGACAAAUGACCCUCCAGAAGAACCCAUUGUUAAGGUCUAUUGUGUUCAGACUCUAGCAAUCCAACAGUAUACAUUAGACUUGUGCUUGUGCUGGCCACCUCCUAUAGAGAACGUUGGUUUGGAGAAAUCAGAUUCUUGUGUGUCAGGGGAGGUAAAUCUUGGUGAAGGUACGUCAGAACCAUCUGGAUGUAAGCCUACGGAAUUACCUUCUGUUGAUUCAGUGCCUAAACCAUCUAUUCUGGUGAAUAGAUCGGAAAGUGCUAAUACGUUGCGUUUUCCAGCAGCUUCUGCAUCACCAGAGACCACAUCACAAGCAAUUGCUCUACCCAACAGUGAACCUAAAACGUCUGGGCUGCUAUCUGAGACCAGUGGUGCAAGUUCUGCAUAUGUUACUUCACCUCAACUUCCUCUAAGUCCCAGACUAUCAAGAAAACUUUCUGGCUAUCAGACACCUGUAGAUUCUAUUGAGCCAAUACUACCUCAUCCUGAGCUUGGUGGCAAAGCACCAUCUGCUGAUUAUUCUGUUGAUAGGCAAAUGGAUGCUGCUGGAGAAAGAACUUUGGAUGUAUCAUCUGCAGAGGGAAGUAAGAACAAGAAUGCUACACCUGAUGGUGAUGUGUCUGCCUCUGGUAUGCAAAGCCCAACAGCAUUUUUCAAACACCCCACUCACCUUGUAACUCCGUCAGAGUUUAGUAUGAGUGUUCCGUCUGCUGAAGACAGGAGGGAUAGAGAUGCAAAUAUUCAGGACGUGAAUAUUGAUGCAAAAGGCACAGAAGUUGAGGUUAAAGAAGUAGGUGAAGCAAGAUCGACGCAGAAUGGUGAAAUCAACUAUCAUGACGAAGCUGAGCAUCGCACUUCAGAAAAUAGAGAAAAAAACUUCUGCUCACAAGCUUCGAAUCUCAGCUCUGAGAUGGCUAGGGACUGUUAUCAUCCUAGUACAGAUGAAACAGUCAUCCCUGAGGAAACUAGGGCUUAUGGACAAUCUUUACAAGCUGGGGAUGAAAGUGGUCUUGACUCAAGAGGUGUGUCUGCAAAGCUUCUUGAGUCGGUUUCAUCUAGUGGGCUUCCACAAAAUAGCAAAGGGAAGAAACAGAAGGCUAAAAGCUCACAGGGUCCUGGACUGUCAUCGUCAUCCUCAAAUGUUGCUAAUCUGGCUGACACUUACAAUGAGCAAAGUCGGAGCUCAAGUCAACCCAAUAUAGAUUCAAUUCCUCAAAUCUUAGCCAUGCAAGAAACAAUGAAUCAGAUAAUGGUUUCGCAGAAGGAGAUGCAGCGCCAACUAUCAAACGCUGUCAAUGGCCCUAUCAAUAAAGAAGGUAAAAGGAUAGAAGUGGCUUUAGGGAGAAUGAUUGAGAGAUUCAGCAAGUCGAAUGCUGAAGCUCUAUGGGCCCGUUUCGAAGAGGAGACUGCCAAGAAUGAAAAGGCAUUGCAAGACCAUGCCCAACAAAUCGUGAAUGCAACGACGAACUUCAUGAGCAAGGAUCUAAGUGCCAUGUUUGAGAAAACGAUUAAAAAAGAAUUUGCUGCAAUUGGUCCAGCCAUAGCACGUGCAGUAACACCAAUUAUUGAAAAAACUGUAUCCUCUGCAAUCACAGAGUCCUUCCAGAGAGGAAUUGGUGACAAAGCAGUCAAUCAGCUUGAAAAAUCGGUUAAUUCAAAACUUGAAACAACUAUAAAUAGGCAAAUUCAAGUCCAAUUUCAGACCUCUGGCAGGCAAGCCCUCCAGGAGGCUCUUAGGUCGAGUCUGGAGUCCUCAGUCAUACCUUCGUUUGAGAGGUCAUGCAAGACCAUGUUUGAUCAAAUGGAUUCAGCCUUCCAGAAAGGUAUUGCCGAGCACACAAGCGCAGCCCAGCAACAGUUUGAAUCUGGACACUCCCAGCUUGUUCAUACUCUAAGGGAAACCAUUGAUUCUACAUCGUCAGUGGCUCAAGCCUUAAGUCGUGAAUUAGCCGAAAGCCAAAGGAACCUCUUAGCGUUUGCAGCCGCUGGAGGAAAUUCUGGUGGGUCAAAUCCCUUGAUUACUCAACGAAGUGGCGGACCUUUGGGCGCUCUUCUUGAAAAGGUUGAAGCACCUAUGGACCCAAGAGCUGAACUAUCCAGGUUGAUAUCUGAUCGCAAGUAUGAAGAAUCUUUUACCUCAGCUCUACAGAGAAGCGAUGUCUCUAUAGUUUCAUGGCUCUGCUCACAGGUGGAUCUUCAUAGACUACUGGCGAUGAGUCCGCUUCCGCUGAGCCAAGGCGUGCUUCUGUCACUGCUACAACAGCUAGCCUGCGACAUCAGCAAGGACACACCCCAUAAGCUUGCUUGGAUGACUGAUGUGGUCACAGCCAUAAACCCAUCAGACCAGAUGAUUGCGGUCCACGCUCGACCAAUCUUUGAACAAGUCUAUCAGAUUCUGCACCACCACCGUACCUCACCGGGCAGUGACGUCUCUGCGAUCAGACUUAUAAUGCACGUCAUCAACUCCAUGCUUAUGAGCUGCAAAUGAUAACCUUCGCUAUCUCUCUCUCUCUCUUCUUGUUCGUUGCUCAUAUAAAACAUAGGAACACAACAAUCCCUACUCUUCUCUGUACCACUACUUCGUUAGAUUUUGAUUAUCGUUUCAUUUUUGGUUUGAAUUUUGUAUUUCCAUUUUUCUUUUUUCUUUUUCUUUUAAAUGUAAAAUCUGGUUGUUUUACGUCUAUUGUUCUUUCUUCUUCUCAAGAAGAUCUUAUGUAAAAAACCAAACCAAUUUUUUGGUUUCAGCUCUAUUUUAAAAAAAUGUUUGGUUUUAAA